AUGUUAAUACAUAUUAUAUCCUUCCUUCUGUGCUUUCAGCUUUCGGUUGCAAAGGCUCCGCCCAGUAAAACCUCUCUAAUAAAUACUCAUGAAAGAAGGUCGAUAUAUUCAUGCUACGUCGGUUUACGUAAAGAAACCUGGGGGUUCAAUGGCUCCGCUAUAUGCCGGUAUGAGCCAGCAAUUCAAUCAAUGCUUUACUGUCUUUACGAGGACACGCAUGAGAAAGGGUAUUCAAAUAAAACUUUGGAGAAAGGUUUCGAAGAAAUGAGACAAUUUUGCUAUACAGCAAAGUUUUUGAACAUGACUGAUGCCGAGUUUUACACUUCAUUGGAUAAUGGAACAUACUAUAUUCAAGAUCAACCUAAGGCUGGCAUCAAUAUCACUUAUCCCAUCAGACUGAACACCACACUGAGAAAAGCAUACUACGAUGCUUAUUAUGGUUACUACUAUAAUCAUGACAUUCCGUAUUAUUUUGGGGGCAUUAUCUGUGCAUAUUUUGUAGGUGUCAUGUUGCUUGCAGGUUUGAUUCGUUUUCUGAAUUAUACCCCAAUAAAAAAGAUUAUGCUCAAGCAAAAGCUAAUCAACUAUGUGAGAGGUUAUACCACCCUACCCACUCUCUAUAAAAAGCAUGCAGAACCUUUCUCGUAUUUGAAAGUGAUAACUGGCUACUUUCCAACUAGAUUUGAAACGUUAGUUAUUUUAGGCUACCUCAUACUUCAUACCAUUUUCAUGGCUUACAAAUAUCAAUAUGAUCCCUACCACAUCAUAUUUGCUGCCCAUAGAGCAGAGGUGGCACAUUUUGUUGCGUACAGAAGCGGUAUACUUUCCUUCGCACACCUGCCACUCAUUGUUCUAUUUGCGGGAAGAAAUAACUUUCUUCAAUUUAUUUCUGGCUUGAAACACACCUCAUUCAUUGUGUUUCACAAGUGGCUGGGAAGAAUGAUGUUUCUUGACGCAGUAAUUCAUGCUGCAGGCUUUACAAACUAUUAUUUGUAUUAUAAAAAAUGGAACACAGUUAGGUUAAGAGUUUAUUGGAAAUUCGGUAUUGCAGCCACCUGUUUAGCGGGAAUGCUGAUUUUCUUUUCUAUUGCAGCAUUUAGAAGACACUACUAUGAAACUUUUAUGGCGCUCCAUAUAGUAUUCGCAGCACUAUUUCUUUAUACCUGUUGGGAGCACGUUACUAACUUCAGCGGUAUUGAAUGGAUUUACGCGGCAAUAGCAAUUUGGGGAGUUGAUAGAAUUGUACGUAUCGCCAGAAUUGCACUCUUGGGAUUCCCCAAAGCAGAUCUACAACUGGUUGGGUCCGAUUUAGUCCGUGUAACGGUAAAAAAGCCAGAGAGGUUUUGGAAGGCAAAACCAGGCCAAUACGUUUUCGUUUCCUUCUUACGUCCCCUGUGCUUCUGGCAGUCGCAUCCAUUUACAGUCAUGGAUUCUUGCGUAAACGAUGGAGAAUUGGUCAUCAUUCUGAAAGCAAAGAAGGGUGUGACAAAACUGGUAAGAAACUUUGUUGAACGCAAAGGCGGCAAGGCAUCCAUGAGAUUGGCCAUCGAAGGUCCUUAUGGCUCCAACUCCACCGCCCAUCGCUUUGAUAAUGUCCUACUUUUGGCAGGUGGGUCAGGGCUUCCUGGCCCAAUUUCUCAUGCUCUUGAAUUAGGGAAAACAACGGCUGCAAACGAUAAAAACUUUGUACAGUUAGUUGUAGCAGUAAGAGGACUAGAUAUGCUCAACGCGUGUAAAAAAGAACUAGUGGCAUUGAAGGGCUUGAAUGUUCAAGUUCAUAUUUACAAUUCUAAACAAGAGCUAGCUUCGGCUGAAGAAACCUGCUCAAAUAAAGUCAAAAAUGGUGAAACGACAGCAGAAAAGACUCCAUCUAGUCUAAACAAUUCAGAGAAAGCUCUUUCUGAAAGUGAAAAUACAGAACAACCUCUUUCCUUGAGUGACAUGUCUGUCGCUGAUUUAGAUUUUGCCACUUUGCAUACUGGAAGACCAAAUGUCGAAGAACUAUUGAACGAAUCUGUUAAUCAUCCUGGUUCGCUCGCUGUCGUAUGUUGCGGACCACCUGUUUUCGUCGAUACCGCUAGAAAUCAAACUGCAAAAGCUGUUAUCAGGAACCCAUCAAGAAUGAUUGAAUACUUGGAAGAAUAUCAAGCUUGGUAA